AUUGUUUUCCUAUCCAAACCACUCCCAGCUCUUCUCGAGAUUCUUCAGCUACCGUUGCUGGUGCAAUUAUCAAGGCUGUCCUCGUUAAUUUCACCGUUGCUGCCAUGACUGUCUAUUCCUUCUACAUUUUCGACCGCCAUGCGGAGUGUAUCUACAGUCGCCGCUGGCUUUCCCGUCCAGUGUCCAUUGGCAGCAAACCAUCGCGUCCUACGUCUGAGACACCUGCUAUGAGCAAUGGAGUGGCCAAGAGCCCCGGACACCCUCCCCGCAGCGCGGAUGACGAUGCCAAACUGAUCUUCGGCACGGUCUUCUCGUUGCGGAAUAUGGUGCGCAAGCUGGGUGGUGAAGACGAUAAUUUUAUUUCCUACCGCACCAGCCAAUACAAAUUGCACUAUUACGAGACGCCUACAAAUAUCAAGUUUGUCAUGCUCACAGAUACGAAAUCACCCAGCAUGCGCAUAGCCCUCCAGCAGAUCUAUGUCAACCUCUACGUAGAGUAUGUUGUCAAGAAUCCACUGUCACCUAUAGAGCACCCUGGUGGAGUUGGUGUCAACAAUGAGCUUUUUGAGGAAUCCCUCGAACAGUUUGUGGUAUGUGCCAGUUAGCCUGUUAUUUUCCAGGACUUUCGUUCUUCAAAUCGAUGACUGAUAUCUGACUGUUUUGUAGACUCGGGUGCUUGCCUAAAUGCCUCUAGCAGCACUUCCACCGAAUACGCUUAUGCUGGUUACAGCAUUAUCAUUCUCAAUAUCUGUGCCAGCGACAUAA